AUGACUACAACAGACAUCUCACAACAUACUAACCCUCGCUCACCUCCGCGACCGAGGAAGCCUUCCUAUCCUCCCAAUGUCCGUCCCAGCAAGCCAGCACCUUUAACCAGGAGGCCGACCUCGACAGGCCCUCCCAAAACUGGUGCCGGCUGGAGUCGCGGCGUGGAGAAGCGAGACGAGGACGAAGCAAUGGCCAACAGCUUCUUGCAGUUUUGCACAACAUGCGAGAAGCAGAUCGUUGUCCCGAGCAGUUCAAUCCUCUAUUGCUCUGAAAGUUGCCGCAAAAAAGACACUGUCAGCUCCCAAGCUGGUGGCUUUUUCGCCUUUGACCCGUCUCCGCCUCUGUCUCCUUUCAGCAGCCUCAGCCUCGAAGACCCGCCGGUUCGCGAUAUCGUUCCUCAGCGAUCCCCGACUGCUCGGACUUGCCCGCCAAACCUCUACCCUCAGUGCGCUUCGCCGCCGUCGUCCUCGUCAAACAGUCCCAAGUCGAGCCAGGAGUCUGCGGCGCAACAAUACCUAAAGUUGUUCCAUUAUUCAGCGACUCCGUACGUGGGUGGCUACCCGUUCCAUGCCGCCAACUCGUCGACCGCAACUACACCUUCUCUGUCCCACACGACGCCGGCGUCCUCCUAUUCGGGCAGCAGCUACAAUUUCUCUACUCGGCCCUUACCGCCACGCCAUAACCCGUCCAUCAGCUCUGCAUCCCCUCGCUCAAUAGACUUGGUUACACCCUAUGUGCCUUCCGCCCAAGAGGCCGCUCGAAGACGCUCACAACCGUUUGCGGUACCCACUCAACACUACCCGCUCCCCUUCGUCUCGUCGGCCUCGAGGUUGUCCGAUGGAAAAGUCCAGGGCGAGAUUAGUUAUGAAAAGCGACCCACGAUCCCUGCCGCCGGGAGCAACUCGCCCAGUCAAAGCAGCUUGAAGCAACUGCUCAACUAUGAAAACGAGAGACGGGAACUAGCAAGCAAGCGCCCGCCGCCUCCAAGAUGGUCAAUCAGCGAGGGUGCCCCUGCAAGGCGAUGA